CAUAGGUAGGUACGCGAUUAAUGCAAUUUCCGACCUGAACUAACCGAGAACUCCAAUUGGGUAUACGGAUGCGGGUGGACAUAACCUUGACCUGUCGGGCUGUCGAUCCUUGCACCCGGUAAGCUUACAGAACAAGGGAGUUAUGUAUGUAGGUACGAGAUAGCCCACUGUCAUACAUUAAUAUAAAGUAUUACGAGCGCCGUUCUGGAGAUUUUUCCUCUAAGGAUUCGGUCAUAGCUGUCUAGGUCCUGCCUGCUUUGCUCGUCUCUUCGGUUUAUAGCUAGAUAGGUCUGCCUAGGUCGGAGCUUCUCGUAACCAUGGUUCGCCUCACCACCACCAUCUCGGCGAUCCUCGCCGCACACGGUGCGCUUGCAAACCCGGUGGGGUCGCGAACGCCGUACCGCGUCAAGGAUUCGCACCACGUUCCUAGGGCUUGGAGGCGGCUUCGUCGCGCGCCUGCCGACCAUAUCAUCGAUCUCCAGAUCGGUGUUAAGCAGAACAAUUUCGCAGAAUUGGAAAGGCAUCUAUACGAAGUUUCGGAUCCCGAUCACCCUCGCUACGGUCAGCAUCUCAGCGCUGGCGAUGUCAAGGAGUUGGUCAAGCCGACGGAUGAGACGUUAGAUCUCGUCCACGAGUGGCUGGAAGCUAACGGCAUCACCCCCUCGGGAUAUAGCUCCGCUAAGGAUUGGAUCAUGGUAUCUCUUCCUGUGGGAACAGUUGAACGGCUCCUAGAUACGGAGUACCAUGUCUAUGAGCACAAGGAUGGUGGUUUGGUCGCCCGAGCUCCUAAGUGGUCUCUACCCCUUCAUCUGCACGAUCGGAUCGACACGAUUCAGCCUACCAAUUCAUUCUUCCGUGCCCGUGCCGAGAAGUUCGACCAUAUUGAAGCCCCCGUAUAUAUUGAUCCCAAGUACACGCCUCCUAGCAACGAAACCCUGAACGCAGUCUGCAACGUCAGCUCCGUCACGCCCGAAUGCUUCCAGACUCUCUAUUCGACCAAGGGCUACAAGACUCAUGCCUGUGGCAAGAAUAAAGUCGGCUUUAAUAAUUAUCUUGGCGAGCAUCCAAUUCGGACAGACACGGAACUGUUCCUUGCCAAGUAUCGGCCCGAGGCAGUCUCAAGCGCACGGGACUUUCCCCAGAUCUCCAUCGCAAACGGACCCGGAGACUAUGCUUUGACCCCAGAAGAAAUCCAGUCAGGAACUUCGAAGGAGGCGAACCUAGAUGUCCAGGCUAUUGCUGGUAUCAGCUGGAAGACCCCAAUCAUUAGUUACUCAACUGGGGGAAGCCCGCCGUUCAUUCCGUCUGCUAGCACGCCCGACAACACUAAUGAACCAUACCUGGUGUGGGUAAAUUAUCUCCUCGGCCUGGAGUCCUUCCCGCAAGUAAUUACGACGUCGUAUGCCGAUGAUGAACAGACUGUUCCGGAGUCGUACGCCCGCCGAGUCUGCCAGCAAUUCGCCCAGGUAGGUGCCCGGGGCACAUCGCUACUCUUUUCGAGUGGCGAUAGCGGUGUUGGACCGUACGGAGAGUGCAUUAGCAACGACGGGAAGAACACGACACAAUUUCUGCCCGAAUUUCCGCCUAGUUGCCCCUACGUGACGGCGGUUGGCGCUACAAAGAACUUCGAGCCUGAGGUGGUGGCGUACCGGCCUGCAUUCGUUGGGCCCGACGGCAUCAAACGUGGCAAUUACACGAGUGGCGGCGGGUUUAGCAAUUACUUCGCAGCACCGGCAUACCAGGCGAAGCAGGCGAGCAGCUACGUCGAGAACCUAGAUGGCCUGUACGACGGCCUAUACAACAAGACGGGCCGCGGCUACCCGGACAUCUCGGCUCAAGGACUCUACUUUGCCUAUUUCUGGAAUGGUACGGAGGGUACUAUCAGCGGAACGAGUGCCAGCUGCCCUUUGACGGGUGGAAUCAUUUCCUUGGUAAACGACGCGCUUAUUUCAUCUGGAAAACCAGCGUUAGGUUUCCUGAACCCGUGGUUGUACUCGAAAGGGUACAAGGGUCUGACCGACAUUACACAGGGUAGUGCUGUCGGGUGUGGUGUAGACGGAUUCCCGGCAACGGAGGGAUGGGAUCCUGUCACAGGACUCGGCACACCGGUAUUCCCCGAACUCGUCGCAUUGGCGGGCGGGAAGCUGUUUUAUUAAAGAGGGACAUAAUUACUAUGAUUCAUGAUACUGUACCUUACGAGGGUGUACCUAACAUCUUCACCCAGGUGUAUGUAACAUAGCCUGUAUAGAGUAUUUAUUUAUUGUUAGUGAUGUGGUUGAUUUAUAGAUAUUGAAAGAAAAUAAAAGAGAAACAGAUAAGCCCUCA